GAUCACCAUGUUGUUCAAGUCUUCUCUCGUGGCAGCCGUGACUUUCGCGGUGUCUGUAUCUGCUCACACCAUCUUCCAGGAAAUGUACGUGAAUGGCGUGGAUCAGGGUCACAUUACCGGAAUUCGUGUUCCAGAUUAUGACGGGCCUAUCACAGAUGUUACAUCCAACGAUCUUAUCUGCAAUGGUGGUAUAAAUCCAUACCACCAACCUAUGUCAACCGCGAUCAUCACGGUCCCUGCCGGUGCCCAGGUGACGACUGAAUGGCAUCACACACUGGCUGGUGCAGACCCAUCAGACUCUGCUGAUCCUAUCGACCCCAGUCAUAAAGGCCCUAUCAUCGCUUACCUUGCCAAAGUACCAAGCGCCACUCAGAGUACGGUGACAGGACUCCAAUGGUUCAAAAUCUAUGAGGAUGGCAUGGAAAGUGACCAAUCUUGGGGCGUCGACCGUCUAAUCGCUAACAAGGGUAAAGUGUCUUUCACAAUCCCGAGCUGCAUUGAGGCCGGCCAGUACCUUCUCCGUGCAGAAAUUAUUGCUUUGCAUGGUGCUUCGUCGUAUCCAGGUGCCCAGUUCUACAUGGAGUGCGCUCAGCUCCAAAUCACCGGCGGUGGUAGUACGUCGCCCGCGACCGUCAGCUUCCCAGGCGCAUACAGCGGAACCGACCCAGGCAUCAAGAUCAAUAUCUACCAGACCCUGCCAUCGUACACAGUUCCAGGACCUGCGGUGUUUUCCUGUAAUGGCAGCACUGCUCCCGCUCCCAGCAGUUCCUCCGCGGUUGCUCCUACGAGCUCUGCUGCCUCUCCUACGAGCUCAGCCGCUUCUCCUCCUCAAGGCUCUGGCACUCCCGUGACCCACUAUGGACAGUGCGGAGGCCUUACUUAUACAGGGAGUACCGCCUGCGCUUCUCCCUACACCUGUACUUACUCGAGCGACUACUAUAGCCAGUGCCUAUAGAUACUUACGAAAGAACAUGAUUUUGCAUCCAUCCUCCUACCAGUGGUCAUCUGUCUCAAUGAAUGGAAUGGAUGUCUUACUUCCAUGAAAUU